GGCAGCCAGCCUUGGAAGGGUGCAUUUUCUCCGAGGGACAUGUUUGGCGGACAUGGCAUGUUCCUUCAAAUUUAUCCUAUCGGUUGCACCAUGGCGAUUUUGGGCCUGUUGCCAGUCACAUUCAACCCAAUUCGCGUCUCUGCACACCCACUGCGCUCCACCCUCAUCUACUGCGCUGCUGUGACGGCGGUCGUGCUGUGGUCGGGGUUCCACAUGAUACAGGACCGCAUUGCCAUGCUGAGAGACUCGGGUCGCUCGCUUCAGGCGUACAUCAACUCCGUGCUCAGCAUGGCACACGCAAUGGGUGUGCUGCUUCUUCCACUGCUGUGGCUCGAAGUCGGAAGGGUUUACCGCAACGAGGCCACCUGUGCGUAUCUCAUGGAAAGCUUCCCUUGCACUGCAACUUGCCGGUGGUCGAGGGCACUGACUUGGAUAACGGCUUUGAGCUGCGUGUUGGUCAUGCCCCUCUCCACCCUGCUGUACGUCCGCGGCAUCGCCUGGGAGGGCGCCACUAACCUGCACCUCAUCAUCCACAACCACGUGUUCCUGCUGGUCUUUUGCGUCUGCGCCAUCCACUCCGCGAUGGCAUGUUGCGUCAGAACCUACGCCAACAACCUGCGCCGCUGUGUAACUGAUGAGCUAUCUCUGAAGUGCCCAAGCCCGGAACGACUGUUGAAGUGCCGACGCGCUUGGGUGAGGCUUCGGGACUUGGCGCAAGAGCUGGUGGUGAUGCCAUUUACUACCACUUACCUGGUGCUGUUCGUCUUUCACAUGAUAACCUUGGGCUCGUACCUGUGUCUCACAUGCUUCUAUGAAAGUCAGAGAUUAUUUAUUGGUCAAAUUCGAUCAAAUUUUGUAAGAGAUAAGAAAACUUCUUCAUUGGAUCAAUAA